GAGGCAAUUAAGGUGAAAUAAGAUUACAAUUACCAUCAAACUAGAAAACACUUUUCUUAGGGUUUUGGAUAACCUUUUUCUACUCCUUUUAUGGAUUUGUUAAAGCUAUUUCUAUAUAUUCAACUCUUCCCUUCCUUAACAUUCUUCCAUUGCAACACUUAUCCAUGGCAACCCUAAAUUGCACCAAAAGGAAGAUACCAGAGACAGAAGAACAAGAACCAGAACCAGAACCAGAUCUCUUAGACUCGAUUGUGUCAAAACUAUCCAUAGUUGGCCUCAAUUCUGCUAAAAGAAGGAAAGCAUCAGAAGAAGAACGCGAUUGGUCAAGGCUUCUACCAGAUCUGCUAGAGUUGAUCAUGUCGAAUCUCUCCUUGAUCGACAUUAUUGACGGCUUUGCAGGUGUUUGCUCUGAUUGGUGCUCUGCUGCCAAAUCCUAUGUCUCUUCCUUGCGCUACACUCCAUGCCCUCAACUUCCAUGGCUCCUCGUUCCUAAUGAUGUUGAUGAUGAAUUUGUAAUUUUCUUCAAUACUGAAGAGAACAAACCCUACACCAUGAAGAAAACUGAAUCAAUUACCAUAGACGAUUCGUGCAUCGGAUCACCCAUCAAUUGGUUGCGCAUCGUGUAUGCAAAGACAUAUUUCUUCAAGAAAGCUGUGGUGUUGUCGUCAUAUGAAUCUUGCAUCACAAAUCAUACAUAUAUAUCUGCAGCAGUGAUAUAUGGAUGCAAGUAUAACAGAAAAAAGCUUUCCUUUUGCACAAAUGGAGAUCAUAGCGAAUUGACUACCAUCAAUAGUACAUGUGAGGGCUACUACUCUGAUAUCAUAUACCACAAUGGCAUGCUUUAUGCAUUAACAAGUGAUUUAUCAGUUCAAGCUUGGGAUUUUCAAGGUCUAGUUCCAGUUAAAAGAAUGAGCAUCAAACCUAAGGGGGGUUUUGAGAAGACCGGAACCGGAUAUAGAGAGAAUUAUUACUUGGCAGAGUCAUCUGGAAAACUUCUGCUUGUUGUAAGGUACAUUCAAAACUUUGUCCCUCCGGAAGGGGAAGAGGCGGUUAUGUUGGAAUUUUUGACUGCUAAAUACUGGCAACCUGCAAUGUGGCCGUACAGAACAGUGUUCUUCCAUGUCUUCGAGUUGGAUUUCUGUCAAGAAAGAUGGGUGCAUACGAAGACUCUCGGAAAUAGAGUUCUGUUUUUGGGAAGAAGCCAUUCUCUGUCAUUGUCAACUGAGGAGUUUGCCGGAUGGGAAGGAGAUGCAAUUCACUUCAUAGAUGACCAUAAAGGGUAUAGAGGUUGUGAUACCGGUGUGUUCAGUUUACGGCAUGGCGCUGUUAACCACAUAUUUGACACAACUAACCAAUGAUCAAUCCAGCGCCAAUCCGGAUUACUCCUAACAAGUGAGAGAAAGUCAUCAGUGUCAUCAGCAUCGGUAUGGUAAAUGAAAAAGAAGCAUGAGAAACUAUUUAUGGUUCACCUCUGUAUUACCUUAUUAUGCAGAAAAGUCGUAUACUGGUACUUUGCAUCAUGCUUUCAAGACCUCCUAUACCUUGUCUUCUUUACUAUCAAAGUAAAACUGAAGUAACC